GGGUUUUCAUCCUUUUGCUGCAUACUCACAAACCGAUCGAAACCGUGAGGAAAAGAUGCCGGCCGGACAUGGAUUAAGGUCACGAACAAGAGAUCUGUUCGCUAGAGGGUUCAGGAAGAAGGGUACCAUUCAUCUUUCAACUUAUCUCAGAACCUACCACGUCGGAGAUUAUGUCGAUGUUAAGGUGAACGGAGCCGUGCACAAAGGUAUGCCGCAUAAGUUCUACCAUGGCCGUACCGGUCAGGUCUGGAACGUUACAAAGAGAGCUAUUGGUGUUGAGAUGAACAAGCAGGUUGGCAACAGAAUCAUCAAGAAAAGAAUCCAUGUGCGCAUUGAGCACGUGAUGCCAUCCAGGUGCACCGAAGAGUUCAAGCAAAGGGUGAAGAAGAAUGAUCAACUAAAAGCCGAAGCCAAGGCUAAGGGUGUCGUCAUCAGUACCAAAAGACAACCUUUGGGACCCAAACCAGGAUUUAUGGUUGAAGGAACAACUCUAGAGACCGUUACUCCUAUUCCGUACGAUGUUGUCAACGAUCUCAAGGGUGGAUACUAGGUUACAUUAUUUCGCUAUUUGUGUUCAUUUUUGUUCUUACAUUUUGAAACACUAGAACUGUUGAGUUGCGUUUUGUUUACCAUCUAUAAUCCAUCCAGACUCUUAUGGUCGAGUUUUUGUGUUAUUUAUAUUUUAGUUUGAUUA